ACUUAUUAUUUAAGCUGAAUUUCGGGUUUGGGAGGUUUAUGAUAAGUGUAGACGAACGAUGUUGUUCUUCUUCUGAAUAACCAUAGCCAUGUCCACCACCACAUUCCCGUCACUCCUCUCCUUCAAAUUCAAACCCUCAUUCUCCUUCCCACGCCACCAACAAUUCCCAACAACCACCACAAAAUUCCAAGCUUCUUUUAACCCUCAAUUCACGCCAAACCGUAUUGGGUUUUGCCCCAAACCUCUAAGAUUCACCCCAGUGAAGCGUUUUGCCAUAAACGACGAUGAGAGUGCUGUUGCUGGGUUGAGUGAAGCUGAGAAAGAGGCUCGAGAGUUGAGUUCUUUGCCGGGACGGUUUAGGAAGUACCUUAAAGAAGCUCCCGAACCUCCUCUCAAAUGGCCAUGGUAUUGGUUUGUAGUGUUGGCUUUUCUCAUCUAUGCAUGGAGAGCUGUUCUAUUUGAACUGUCAAACUGGAAGAACGCUGCAUUAGGAAUAGUUCGAUUCAUCGGAUACAUCUUGAAAUAUGCUUUGGCAUUAGUCUACCGAUUCAUAGGAAACCCAAUCACUUUUACAAUCAGAUCCAUUGAGAAUUUGAUUUACGGCGUUCAGACUUUCUACUAUUGGAUAAUUACCAGUGCCCCUAUACCAGAAUUGACCACCGUCAUCACCCUUGCAUUGGUUAUUUUAGCUGUUGCUGAAACUACUGUUCCAAACUGUAUCAGCGACCAACCUUAUGUUCUGACCGUAACUGGUCUUAUUGGCUAUGCUGCUGUUAGAGGCAUUGUUUCUGAACAACUGUUCUGGACCCUUUUGGUUGGGAUCUAUGGUUUUUCAAAAUUUAUCAAAAAGAGAGACAAUGUUUCUUCUGCAAUGCCUGUUGCGGCUAUACUUGCUGCUGUUGGCGAGCCUUGGGUUAGAUUUGUGGCGAUUGUUUCAUACACGGCCCUGGCUAUUUAUGAGUAUUCAAAAAAGCUUUCGGAAAGGAAAGAAGGUGAAGAGAUUGAACCACACGAGAGGAAGCUUCCAGUUCCGCUUUUUCUUGCAGCUUUAGCAAUCGGCUUACGAGUUGCUGCUAAGUGGGCCGGGUAUCGGCACUUAACAUGGAUGAUAGUAUGACUGUCAAGAUGUAACUCAUCUGAGUGUGAAGAAUAAUGAUGUUUGAUGGUCUGUAAAGUUUGAAGCAAGAUAUGGUUACAUAGCUUUAAUUUUGUUGCAAUUGUUGUAAUUUUUAUUAAUCACUUCUCAUCCAAGCUUGUCAUAGUUUUUUUGAACAAAUCCAAGCUUGUUAAUUGACCUGUUAUGUGAACCAAGCUUGUUAAUUGAACCACACGGGACUUUCAA